GUUUGAUCUGUCGUGUAUUUGGUGUAUUUGGCUAUCCAACCUUCUUCUCGAUUACACGCGGAUUAGAAGACUCGAAGAAAAAAAAACUGAUCAAUUUGGAAAGCACUGCUGCGAGCCGAUGAUAAACGACAAAGUUCUCCCGGUAGGUGACGCCCUCUGCUAAGAUGGGAUGCAGUGCGCAGCGGGGAGGCACCAUUGAGUUGAAUCUAACGAUCAUCAUUUCGUCAUCAUUUGUAACCACAGAGCAUGAAUUACCUCUUGAAGUCAUCAGAGAGAAUUUACGACUGGUCAACAAAGGCACGUGAUGCCCUAACGCGCUCCCAUAUUUGGCCACAUACUUGGCAAAAACGAAGUACAGUGCAUUGCUAUAAUUCAUUUUUACAUCAUAAAUUGGGCUGCGCAGGAUUUUAACGACCGAGAUCUGCUCAUCGAGACCGUUUUUAAAGAAUAUCCAAAUGAGCUCCUAUUUUCUAAACUCGUUCUCAGGGCGCUAUCCGAAUGGGUCCGACUAUCAGUUGCUAAAUUAUGGGACUAACGGCGCAGUGAACGGUUCUUACCGGGACUCUACGGGCAUGCAUUCCGGCUCUUUCGGUUACACCUACAAUGGGAUCGACCUUAGUGUAAAUCGCUCUAACAACAAUGCCCACUUCGGUACGGUUGGGGAUAACGGCCGUGCUUUCCAGAACCCGGGCACGGACACCCGGUACCGUCAAACGAGCUGCUCGCUUGCUUCUCCAGAUGCCCUUCCCUGCACCAACAGCGACAGUCUCAACCUAAAAGGCACCUCUGGCUCAUCUGACCAGACCACGACCGGGGGCAACAGUGCACUCAUCACCAACAGCAGCAAUCUCAGCAGCAACAACACACACUUUGCAGAAACGGACGAAGCAAAUGUCUCUUCGGAGCCGGAGGAAGGCGCGCAAGCUAACCAUGCCACUCCACGCACGCAGAAACAAGAGCCCGCGGCACCUUCCACUACAACACCCGGGGACGGCCAAACGCCACAAAUCUUUCCAUGGAUGCGGAAACUUCACAUUAGCCACGAUAUGACUGGACCUGAUGGGAAACGGGCUCGAACUGCCUACACACGCUAUCAGACGCUAGAGCUGGAGAAAGAGUUCCAUUUCAAUAGGUAUCUGACCCGGAGGAGGAGGAUAGAGAUAGCCCACGCUCUCUGCCUCACCGAGAGGCAAAUAAAAAUAUGGUUCCAGAAUAGGAGGAUGAAAUGGAAAAAGGACAACAAGCUGAAAAGUAUGAGUCUUGCUACGGGAGGAAGCGCCUUUCAAAACUGAUUGAAUUGGUUGAGAAUCUUCAACUACUGUUAUAGCACUGCACCUUUCUGCUUGUCAUUAUCAGGCGUCAUUUCUCUGUGUGACUGGUGUAACACGAAUUGUCAACCGUUGAGUAUUGUUCUAUACCAUAUGCCAUAGGGUUACAGUUAACAGCCGCCGUAAAUUAAGUGUAAAUGCUACGUAUCAAGUUUAUACUUUCGUGGAAGAAAGCAUGUUCCAUGUAAGCUCUUUGUGCGCAACUUUAAACAUGUAAAAGGAAUAUUGUACAGUAUCAACGCGAACUACCUAUAUCAUCUAGUCAAAAAAAAAAACUUUGUUGUAUUCUUAUGAACUUGUAUAGGGACGUCAAUGUAGACUGUUUUCCAGUUUUGCAGGACAUUUAUGCUUGUGCCGCGUUUAUUACGUUCUUGGAUAGGAUUGUUACAUUGCGAAAAGAAAUCCUCUAUAUUCGCACUUAGGCUACAUUUGUGUACUUUAUGUUGCAUUUAAACAUUUCUGGACAGGAUUUUGUGUCCAUGACGAGUGAAAUAUGUUUGAUGUACAGUUGUGACCAAUAUUUUAUUUGUACAAUGUGAGUGGUGAAUGUUCCGUGUUUAAAAAAAAAGCUUAAGAAAAUGUUUUAACGUUGAUAUGCUGGGAAUUUUUUGCCAGCCGGCAUUUUUUUCUAUUUGUGUCUCGAUUAAAAAUGGUUGAUGAAUCUAAUUUGAAAAAUAAAAAUUCUUUUAGUCUCAAGAUGCUUUAGUGUCUCUUUGUACAUCAUUGCACUUUUGGGACCAGUUACCUUAACAGUGGGUCACCACUCUCGUUCAAUUCAAACACUCAUAGUUUACAGUUAUUAUCGUAUUAAUAUAAUCUUCGUAAUCUAUGUAGGCCUACCAAUGGCUAAAGCAGACUAGGCUAAAAUCACAAGCUUUUAUGUGUGAGUUAUAACCUUGACAUGGAACCAUAUGGCGCAGUAUUUCGUUCGAUUCCGAGUCGUUUAAUCUUACACACUUUCGCACAUAUUGCCAUAUCAUUGGCAUAUUAUAAUGAUCAAAAUAGAUAUCACACCUAACAUGAUUUUUUACAGCAUGUGUCCAAUAAUUACUGAACCUGUGAACUUACCUCUUAAAUGGUCAAAUCAGUGGAAGUAUGGGUCUUAGGAGUAAUUUAUAUAUUGUAUUAGUUAUUACAUCAGAAAUACAGCCUCGACUUCCCUAAGUGAUUUAAUUUCGCCAAGUCCAGUCUGUAACAUAGACAGGUCCUUCUCUGUAUUGCUAAACAAGUCACGUGAGGUCCAUAAAGUUACUUUUAUGGUUUUGGGGGUUGACAAUGUGCAACAUAAUUCACAUUCUUGAAUGAAAGUGACGGUUUCACUGCUUCAGCGGGAUUCUAAAGGUUGUGGACGGUGUGUGAUAUGCUCUUAGUCAGUUACCUUCAACCAUUCAAAAUGUCAUACACUCACAUGGCUACUCACUGUUAUUUUUCUGUUGGAUUGGGGCAAGACGUUUCAGAGUAAGUUUCCCUCCAUUCAUUAAUUGUCAGUUUGCAAGGAGUUGGGUGUUUUAGAUAUUAAUUAAGGGGGAAUAGCAAAGAUAUUUUGAUUAACAUUCUGUCAUAAGAUUCUUUGUGAGGCUAUGCAAGUUUUACUUUAGUGCUGCGGAUAUCAUUUGUAUCAUAUAUGUGAGUAUAUAUAUUUGUGUGUGUGUGUGUGUGUGUGUGUGUGUGCGUGUGUGUGUGUGUGUGUGUGUGUGUGUGUGUGUGUGUGUGCACAUUAUUUAUGUCAACAUUUGCCACCCUCAUCUUUGUAAAUAAACUAUCCAUAUACGUUGAAGAAAUAUGAAUGCACGUUUCACCAGGUAUUAAAUUCCUUUAUCCUAACUCGUUAGUUUUCUCUACAAAAAACCAAAACGUAAACGACCGUGUAAGCAAAACAGAAUUAAAUACUCAAAAUAGAAUUAAUAAGGCACGAACAAAACUUAUUUUUAUUUAUUUGCCCAUUGUUAUUUCGACAAUGUGGAAGAGGAUAAAUGCAAUCGUUUUGCUGUAUUUUUUGCGAAAUUUGAUCAAACUGAAUGGAUUGAAUACAUGAUGUAACUGUGCCAAAUUUCUCCCGAUAAACACGGUUGCGUGAUUCAUAACUAUUAAAGUCUCAUUGUACUCCUAUAAUGUGUUUUGCAUAUUGAUAGGGGUAAUCUGUGCGCUGUUCUCAUCAAUUAUUCAUGGGGAAGGGAUCACUGCGAGGUCAUGAGACUAGUGCUGAACACAGAGACACACACAGUGCCAAGCUGCCAUUACAACAAAUGCAGGCUUAGGAUAUAUAGGCUUCCAUCACAUAUAUUGAAGUUCGUUAGAAACCUUUGAAUUCUUGUCAUAUUGUCCAUAUUCAUAUUUACUUCAUGGGCCAAAAAUAAAAUAAUUUUUAAUCGAAACAUUCAAUGAAUUAUCGUAUACUGUCGGAUCACUGUCUAUACGUAAAAUUAUCUGAUGUCCAUAAAUAACUUAUUGUUUUAUAUUUCAUGCAAAACCUAUUAAAUAUUGCAAAAAAAGUCCAAACUAAAUCAGUGCCAGUCUGGUUUAGACGCUGCCCAUGACUGAUGUAACGCUUCUGCAUGACCAGCAGAGCUCGCCUUACUCCGAGGUCCUAGUCACUCUGUCCUUCUUUCACUCAAACACCGUCAAUUUUGUUGCAGAAAAUCCUAUUUAUAUAAACCCAGGCAAUACCAACAGGUCCGGCCAUCCUAGACAAGGAGACUGUAACUUAAUAUAACUUACACAUAUGAACUGUAAGUUCAUAGUAGUAAGGAGCUGGUAAAAACAAUACCAACAACACUGGCUCUAUGUUUUUUGUAUAUCAAAAAGCAUGCAUAGUAUUUAAGAUGUAAAAGUGCAGUUAGACUUAAAACGCUGGCGAGUAUUUUUCUUCAAAAUGCUCCUAUACCAACAAAUGAAUCUAAGCCACACUGCUCUGCGCAAGUUAAUGGCCGUUGAGUUCAUCUUGAGGUCACCUAGCGACUGCAAGAUGUUCAUCCACCUCACAACAAAUACACCUACUAGAAUACGUAAACUCUUUCUGCAGUAAAGUUAAGGCAAGCUGAAAAAAAUAUACAAAUAUUAUAACGUGACAAUUUUAAGCUUUUGUACAACCAUAAUUAUGCCUUAAAUUUAAACUGAAUAGAUUUGAAUCGUUUCUUUGCUACCUAAAAUCUACCCUUACCCAUAACCUUAUGCUUUUUGUAGGCUAUAGAGAGUUACCACAGAAAAUAAAACAUAUAAAAGGGUGAGGAUAUAGCAUGUCUGAAUGCAGCUGAUCAAUAACGUUUCGCUUGAUUAUCUUUAUUUUUUCCUCAAUCGAUUAUAAUAAGUCCAAAAGGAUCUCUAGUUUCUCCAAAGCCACUCCGUGUGCAUCUCCUUUGAAAUGAGCAAGAAACAGUGUAUCAAAGCUGAAUACGUCCACUCUAAAGAUAAAACUGGGAAAAUAAAUUGCGCGGAUAAUAUGCUCAACACAAUACAUUUGAACAAAAAUAGUGAAUCGGGACAGUAACCUGAUACUGAUCAUUGUGGCCAGAUUAUCUGAUAUUUUUGUAGCACAUUGAUUAUACAGUUAUAUCUAUCGUGAAAACUUUUGUAGCUAUUACUAUCCUAUUAUAAUCCGUGGGAAGAACACACUCCUUGGCCAUACAGCCCAGCAAUAUAACUGAAGCUUAUUUCCUUUGUCACCAACUCGUCACAGAUUUAUACCUCUCGAUUAGCAUUAACUGAUUUUGUCUUGCAUACCAGUCAAAUGGAUGGUGAUAUCUGUCAUCUAUAUAUACCCUGUAGAUCCGAAUUUGUGUGAAAAGAUCUUUAUUCGCAAAUUCGUGUCUUGGGGAAUAUGUAGUUGAUGAAAGCUCAGCAUCGAACUGGAAGACUGACUAUAUUCUGGAUUCUUCUGGUUAUUUUUUUCUUGUUUAUUCAAACGUUUCGCUGAAUUUGUUGGAGGACACGUUUGAAAUCCAGCGAAAUGCAAAUGCAAGCCAAAUGUAAUUUUAUUCUUUUCUAAGGAGCCAUUGUGAAACUUGCUGGGCUGGUAAUGCAUUUUUUUCAUAUAUAUUGACAAGAUAAGAUACGGGCCUUGCUGACCAAACAGCCAAUAACCAACCUAAAAUAGGCAUAAUAGAGAAGAUGCUGCUCUAUCUAAGACUUGGCCCUUUAGUAUUCUAGGUUGCCCUUCUAUUUAGAUUUUAGUGUUGCUUACUUCUGUUGUCUUCUUUAAAUUUUACCUGCACGUUUUGGUUCACUAGGGAUAGGAUGUUUUAACCUA